AUGGCGCAAGCAGUGGAAGAAUGGUAUAAGCAGAUGCCAAUCAUCACCCGCACGUACCUCACCGCUGCCAUUGUUACAACAAUCGGUUGCUCACUCGAGAUUGUAUCACCAUAUGACUUGUACUUGAAUCCGAUCCUCGUAGUAAAGCAUUACCAAGUCUGGCGGAUUGUUACCAAUUUCUUGUAUUUUCGCAAAAUGGACCUGGACUUUUUGUUCCACAUGUUCUUCCUUGCUAGAUACUGCAAGCUUCUUGAAGAGAACUCCUUCCGGGGUAGGACAGCAGAUUUCUUCUACAUGAUCUUAUUUGGCGCCUCUGUUUUGACUGGCACUGUUCUUUUCGGGGGGAUGAUUCCUUACGUUUCAGAGUCAUUUGCAAGGAUUAUAUUCCUUAGCAAUUCACUCACAUUCAUGAUGGUUUAUGUUUGGAGCAAGCAGAACCCAUACAUCCAUAUGAGCUUCUUGGGCCUAUUUACUUUCACAGCAGGUUAUCUUCCUUGGGUUCUUUUGGGGUUCUCUGUCCUUGUUGGUGCUAGUCCUUGGGUUGACCUGUUGGGAAUGAUAGCUGGCCAUGCCUACUAUUUUCUUGAAGAUGUAUACCCACGAAUGACAGGUCGACGUCCCCUGAAAACGCCGUCUUUAAUCAAAUCAUUGUUUGCAGAAGAACCUGUUGUAGCAGUUCGGCCCGCAGAGUCAGGUAAGCAUGAGGUCGCGGUCCGGCUCUUCUCCAGCUCAAUUCUGAAUCCCGAUUCCAAAACUCCACUCACCAGUAAAGAGAAAUCGCGAGCCGCGCUUUCCCUCCUCCGGUUCGAGAAGAACCCGGAACGCAUUCUUGAAAUCUGUAGAGCCGCAGCCCUAACUCCUGAGUCACAUUUGGACCGGAUCGCCUACUCCAAAGCCAUUACGAAGUUGAAAGAAUCUCAAUAUUACGAGGGCAUAAGAGAAUUCAUAAAUGAGUCCAUUACUCGAUCUGAUUUGAGAUCUGAACGAUUUAUUUCGCAUUUUGUUGUUUUGUAUGGCCAGGCUGGUCUAGUGAAGGAUGCUAUUAAGUUGUUUGAUGAAAUGCCUGAGAUGGGGAUUGAGAGGACUGUGAAGACAUUGAACUCGAUUUUGUUUUCUUGCAUUUUAGCGAAGGAUUACGGGGAAAUGAAGAGGGUUUUCUCCGAAUUUCCGAGGAAAUAUGGGAUUGAACCGGAUUUGGACACGUAUAAUACGGUUUUGAAGGGGUUCUGUGAGUCUGGUAGUGCGAAUUCAGCUCACUCUAUAUUGGCUGAGAUGGAGAGGAAAAGGAUAAAGCCAAAUGGGACCACUUAUGCAACUGUGAUUGCAGGGUUUUAUAAGGAGGAGAAGUAUAGUGACGUUGGGAAAGUACUGGAGUUGAUGAAAAAGAAUGGCGUGGCACCUGGGAUCAGUAUUUAUAAUGUUAGGAUUCAUAGCUUGUGUAAGCUCAAGAGGUCGUAUGAGGCAAAGGCGUUAUUGGAUGGGAUUUUGUUGAGCGGUAUGAAGCCAAAUUCUGUGACAUAUAGUCAUUUGAUUUAUGGGUUUAGCAGAGAAGGCAAUUUGGAGGAGGCAAAGAGUUUGUUUAAGGUGAUGGAAAGUCGAGGUUUGAAGCCAGACGCUGAAUGUUAUUUUACACUGGUUUAUUACUUGUGUAAAGGAGGAGAAGUUGAGGCUGCCCUGGACAUCUGUAAGGAAUGUAUGACAAAGGGUUGGGUCCCUAAUAUUACUACCAUGAAGAUGCUUGUAGAUGGUCUGGUGAGCAUUUCGAAGGUUGACGAUGCAAGGGAAAUUAUUGGACAAGUGAAGGAGAAGUUCUCGAGGAAUGCUGAUACGUGGAGCGAAAUUGAGGAGGGAUUACCUAAGUAG